AUGACCGGGAAGUUCUGGGGUCUCCGGGGGGAGAUGCUAUCUCUUGCCCAGAUUCUGAUGGUUGUUUGCCCAGCAUACACACUAUUCGGAUAUAAUCAGUCAGGGCUCGGGAGUCUCGUUUCCCUUUCAGACUGGGUCAAGCACUUUCCCUCUAUCGACACGGUCAACACCGAAGGUGCUGAAGCUAGUCACAAUGCCACAAUCCAAGGUGUGGUGAUAGCGACUUUCACGCUAGGCGCCCUGCCUGGCUGUUUGUCUUGCUCAUACACUGCUGAUAGAUUUGGCCGACGUCCGGUAAUCUUCCUCGGGGGAUUGCUUGCUUUGAUUGGCCAGGUGUUGGAAGCGUCAUCCUACCAGUUAUCACAGAUGAUUGUUGGUCGUACUCUGCUUGGAGCAGGAAUUGGCAUGCUGAGUGGCACCGUCCCAACCUGGCAAAGCGAGUGCUCUAGCUCCAAGAACCGAGGAAAGCACAUUGUGCUUGAUGGUCUCUUUAUCGCACUUGGUUACGUGCUUCAAGCAUGGAUCAAUUUUGGAUUCUACCAAUUCAAAACGGGCCCCGCCACUUGGCGAGCUCCGAUCGCCAUUCCCAUCAUCUUCGCCAUCCUCCUCCUUGUAUCGAUCGUCUACCUCCCCGAAUCCCCUCGAUGUCUCGUACGCCAACACCGCGUGGGAGAAGCCCGAGCUGCCCUGGCUUCUUUGAGGGAUCUUCCCGAAGAUGCAUCAGCCAUAUCUGGAGAAAUUGCCAGCAUUGAAAGCUCUCUAGAAGAGACGGCACAAAGCGCUGCAUCCCUCAGGGAUCUUCUCAAAAUGGGAGAAGACCGCCUACUCUACCGUUUCUCUAUCUGCAUCCUGCUUCAAUUUUUCCAACAGAUACUGGAUGCUGAAACGGCACGGAUUCUUUCGGGUGGUACACUGACAUGGAAGUUCUUGUCAUGCUUUGUAUCAUUCUUUACUAUCGACAGGUUUGGUCGUCGUAUUGCAUUGAUGGUCAGUGGGGCUGGAAUGGCCAGCUGCAUGUUGGGUCUUGCAAUCGCCACAUCUUUCCCCCAUUCCAACUAUGCUGCCCAGAUUAUCAGUGUUCUUUUCGUGUUCCUCUUCAAUUUCUUCAUCCCGAUUGGAUUCCUGGGUGCCAACUUCCUUUACUGUACGGAGGUGGCACCUAUCCGCCUCCGCGUUGCCAUGUCGAGUAUUUCUACCGCGAAUCACUGGCUUUGGAACUUUGUGGUCACCAUGAUCACACCCGUGGCAAUUAGAACGAUCGGAUUCAAGUACUACAUUGUUUAUACUUGCAUUGGAGCAUUCAUCCCAAUCACGGUCUACUUUUUGUACCCAGAAGUCUUUCUGGUCCUAGAAUGCCUUGAGCUUGCUUAA